AUGAAUAAAGGGCGCAUGAAAAUCGUUUUUGCUAUUUUAGUCGUAUUCACAUAUGUGAGUAAUAAAGCUCUUGGAAACAAGACUAUUCCAAGCAUACGUCCUGUUGUUCAUAAUCCGGAUGAACUAUAUAAACAAAAUAUGCACCUAUUAUGCACAAAUCCUGAAGAAGCUCAACAAGCAGCUGAAGUCAUGGAUGAAGCUCGAAAAAGGUUCCUUCACUAUGCUACGAGUAAUUACAAUUACAAUUUAUAUGAAAAUUAUAGUGAAAAUGCAAGCUCAUAUUUUAGGAAAUAUAAAAAUCAUACAGACAUUGGAAAAUUUCAUAUUAAAAUUUACUAUCCCCAUGCGUAUGAUGAGAUAGUAAAUAUUUUGUGGGACCCCAAUGGUCCAAAAAAAUACGAUUCUGACUUGAUUAGUGGAAAAGUUGUCCGUGUAUACGAUCCAAAUUUAUUAAUGAUACAAAAAUCUCAAAGAUGUUAUACUACGUUGUUUAAUAGAUAUUUUUAUGCUUUAUCUGCAAAAUAUAAAGUAUCUGAAGACACAACUAUAAUUGUCAUGGCUUCAGCAAAUAUAAAUGAUCACAACAAGAAAAAUGUAAAAAAAUAUGAAAACGUUAUCGUAACAAGUGCGAAUUCGUUCAAAACUGAUGUUGAUUCUGAAAAGGAAAUUAGAAAGGGGAAAUUAAAAAAAAUGUUUGUUAACUUAUCUGGAUAUCUCAUUACAAAACAUGACAAAUACGUUGAAAUUAUUCAUAUUGACUCUGUUAGUGAUAAUAUUCCCAUAGCCUCAGAAUGGUAUAUAUUAUUAAGUAAAUCAGAAAGGAUGGGAAUCCUUCUUGACUUAGAUAAUUACAUUGAUGAUAAAUAUACAUUUCCUCCCAAAUCUCUGUGA